UUCUCCAAAAUGAAAAACAAAAAUUGACCAACAAUCCUUGGACUCACAUGAUUUCAUAGCAUCUUUAUAGAACAAAUGAAGGAAGGAGGACAAAAAUCACAAAAUUUCUAAGAGAUGGAUGCCAGGACUCUGAUUUCAUCACCAAAAUGGCUUCAGCUUCAUGGGCUUAAGAGGAAGAGACUAACAUUGUCCCAGAUCCUGUCAGAUAUUGGGUUUAAACACAGAGAAGAUUAUAUCUCAGCUUUGGGAAAGCCUGUGUCUUCGAGAUAUGGAGAAGGACUGUUCCAGCAGUUCAGGAACAACGGUAAUAUCUAUAAUGUGACAGCUAACAAGGAGCGACUGCACGAGUUUGCUAACCAUCUGGCUCAGGCUAUUAAAUUGUACAAAGAGAGGCUGAAUUGGCUUACAAGUGGGAGUCAGCAGAUAUUUGGAGUAAUUCAAGAGCACAGCAUUGCCAUAGUUCUGGUAUGCAGUAGUAUGACAAAGGCUCAUUUUGAUCUUUGCCGUGAUGCUCUUUGUAUGGUUCUAAAGGAGCAAGUGUCUCAUAUUGCCAGAUUUAAUAUUAUUCGGGCUGCAAAAGACACAGAGACAUGGCAAGAAGCCACAGUUCAUGUAAAUGAACAUUCACUACAGUCUGCUGUUGACUGGAUUUGGAACCUAGAGCUUAUGCCAGCUAUGGACAAGACAAGUCCUGCUGAGGCUGUUAUACAAGCCAUGAGAGAUAAAACUGUUGAAGCUGUUUACUUCUUUGCUGUGGGCGAUGUUCCUGAAAGCAUGAAGGAGCUGUUAUUAAAAAAGAUACUUACUAGUCAAUGCCCUGUACAUACUGUGUCAUUUAAUGCAAAAGAAAAGGAGACAAUUCAGUUCUUGAAGGAGUUGGCCAAAUCGACUGCUGGAAGGUUCCAUGCUUUUGCUCUCAGGGAUGAUCUGAAAAGAGACCCUGAAUUGCCAUCAGGCAGUGAUGUAGAGAAGGAUUACCUAUCCUUUUCAACCUUUUCAACACCAAGGCAACUCAAAGGAGGUUUGCCACCAGGAACCGGUAUUCAAGAAGAUGUAUUUUUAGUCUGGAAAGAGAUGGAGGAAGCUAGGAAUACACUUGGACAAAUCCAAGCUCUUUUAAUUGAGGACUCUAAAGCUGUGUAUGGAGAAGAUCUGACAGAUGAGAACACACACUUAAAUCUGGAGACAAAACAAGAAGAUUGCUUAAGCUCCAAGGCUUGGCUUCAGAAAUAUGGACUGAAGGCUCGCAAACUUGAUUUUUACCAUGCCCUUGCUGACUGCGCCUUUCGACAUUCUGAUGGGAUUAUUAAUGUGAAGACUAAACCAUCUCAAGAAGCUGGACAGACUGACACUAACAAAAACAGCAAGCUAAUAAAUGCAAAAUACUGUGACAGAUUUGCCCAUGCUUUGUGGAAGGAUGGUUCUAUUGUCCAUGUAUAUGUUUCCACUGAAAAGUACCGCUGGUAUGAAGAAAGAAUGAAAUUAGCUCUUGAACAGAUAGAAAGAAGGAUUGACUGGCUCCAGCAGGGUAGUAGAGAACUCUUUGGUGCCAUACUCGAAGACCAAGUGUAUGUCCUUAUUGACACCUCUCACUCCAUGAAGGAUAAGCUGCUGUUGGUAAAAGACAAAAUCUUUCAACUUAUGCAUGAACAACUGAAGCACAAGAGCAAGUUCAAUUUUGUGAAGUUUGAUUCUCAUGCAACAGCUUGGCGGGAAAAACUGGCAGAAGUCAAUGAACAAACAUUAGAAAGUGCUUGGUGUUGGGUUAAGGAAUUGCAGGUUGGUGGUUCUACAAAUACACUGGGGGCCCUUCAAUUUGCACUUGCAGAUGGUGACACUCAGGCUGUUUAUCUUCUUACUGAUGGAAGACCUGAUCAGCCACCCAAAACCAUUCUGGCCCAUGUACAACUUCAGCAGCCAGUUCCUCUUCACACCAUUUCAUUUAACUGCAGUGACAUGGAGGCCAACAGGUUCCUGUAUGAACUUUCCAGGGAGACAGGAGGACGUUUCCAUAGCUACAGCAGUAAUAUGAACACAACUGAUGCUCCACAGCCAUACAUGAGUGAAGAUAUCUAUCUUUUAAAACAAGAAACUGAACAAGGGAAAGAAGACAUGAAGAAAGCACAAAAGCUUCAUGCAGAAUGUUUAAUGCUUGACUGGUAUUAUAAUGGAGAACAUAAUCUGAAAAAAAGUGAGAAGCACAACAGAUGUCAUAGUUCCUGCCAGAGCCAAGCCCACAGCCAAAAUUUGGAGAUGCCACAAAGACCUCAUUCAGCACUGAAUGCGUCUCAGGUUUCAUAUCACAGCCACAGGGCUAUGUCGCUUGAAAAUGUUAACUUGAAACAAUUACAGAAAAAGAAAUCAUUACAUGCAGACCUAAAUGCCAUAGAUGGCAAAUCAGAACAAAAGAAGACCAACAAAUUCCAUAAAGACCCUUUAGACAUGUCAUCAGCUCGUUGGCUUAAGAAUCAUAGUCUGGUUGCCAAGCGACUUACAAUAAUGGAUGCCUUAGCACCUACAGCUGUAGCACAGACAGCUACAUAUGUUCCAAUCUUGGACAAGCAUGUUGUUUCAAAAGUGUUUGAUGAGAUAUUACCACUAGCACAUGUGGGCAAAAGCAAGAAGCAGAUAACACUAAUUAAUCCAUUGGCUGUCGAUCUUCUUAGCUAUCAACGGAGGCUACAGCGGGUGAUUAAAGGCUAUGAAAGGCGCCUAAGUCUCAUUAUUUGGAGAGCAUUUUCUCAAGAGGAGAGAGAUAAAUUUGCAAGUGAUGAACCAGUUCCUUUUAGGGAAAACAGAGAGGCUUUACUACAGGCAUUAGAUCGACUGGGUUGGCCUAUCUCUUUAGCAGAUAUAACUUUAUUAGAAGAUGAAAUCCAGACUGGAGAAACAUACUUGCAGCAAGCAUCAGACCUACAUAAAGCUGCAAAAGAAAGGGAUAAAAAGCUUCCGGAAGUGCAGAAAAAUGAUUGUGAUGAUGAGGGAGUACACCACAAGCAUCUAAAAAAUGAUGACCGAGCAAUGCAACAGAGUAAAAAGCUUGACACCCUUAAAGGUCAAAGGGUGAUUGCAAGAUCUGAGAUUGAUGGCUUUUAUUAUCCAGGUACUGUGAUAAAGUCUACUGGUUCCAAAAAGGCUCUUGUGGAUUUCAUUAAUGGCAAUAUACAAAUCACACCAAUAAAUUUCAUAAUCCCACUGGGAGGUGCUAUGCCUUGCCCACCAUUAAAGGUUGGUGACUUUGUACUUGCCAGAACUGAAACAAAAACAGAAACUGAGUGUUAUAUGCCUGCGGUUGUUAUGGCAACUCCACGUAAAGGGGAAAUUGAGAAAUUGUACACAGUUUUAAAGUACAACAACAGAAGGGAACAUUUGAUGCGUAGCUGGAUGAUUAAAAUAAAUCAAAUGAAGUAUACUUUUGCUUGCCGCUACAUAAGACAGGCUCAGAUGGUUGACCAUACAAUACCAAGUGUACAGAUUGUGCAACCCAUUACUAAACCAAAUGUAAAACAUGAAAAUGAAGAGAAAAAUGAGAAAAUACAUACAAUUAAAGAACAAAAAAGCAGAAAAAACAGGAGUGAUAGAACUAAAAAGAAGAGCCUUUCUGAAAUAAGAGGUUCAGAGUUCAAGGAUGAAAACAACCCUUCAGAUGCAGAAGUACAUUGUAAGCCUAACGUGGAUCAUUUGUUUACAUCUCAAGGACAUGCUGAAGAUGAAGGACCAAAUUUAGAAAAAGAAGAUGAACUUUGUCUCAGAAUACCACUUCCUCCUACUCCUGCUAGCUCAGUUUCUCCCUCUCCCAGAUCAGAGAGAUGUGCAGUUUCUCCAACUUCACAGAUUUCAACUCCUUUGUCCUCAGCUCGUGCCCAUUCUGCAGCUAGUUCAAAAGAGCAAGGAUCCUUCCAUGAUGGAAGCAGCCCUACUCCUGUCAGUCAAAAGGUGAAAGAACUAGCAGGCCACCUGCAACAAGCCCUAGCAGACCAGCUGAAUCAACAAGAGAAAAUCCAGGAGCUAUUGAAACAACUAGCAUCUUUGAAUGAUAAAGCUAAAUCAGAUAUUACGAAUGACAAAAGCUCCAGGGAUAAGGAACAGGCAGAUCUGCUUCACAAAAUUACAGAACUCAUGCCUAUUACCAGCAGAAGAAACAGUAUAACAGAACAAAACGGGGAGGAUGCCAUACCAGAAGAUAUAAAGCAGGCAAGACAAAACCUUCCAAAGCUAGCCAUUGGUCACACAGUGCUGGCUCGUUCCUCAUACGAUGGCUGGUAUUAUCAAGGGAAUGUUGUCCACGAUUGUACUGAUGACAGCUAUUUUGUACGUAGUAGGACAACAGGCAUAGACAGAGCCUGGAGGGAAGACAUUAUUGCUGAUGCAGAUGACUUGCAAGUGGUAAUAAAGGAAAAAGAUCCUGUGAUUGGUCUUCAUCCACUGUAUCCUGACCAUUACUGUCCUGGGGCUGUCCUUAAAAUAAUGCCUGAUCUAACACUGGAGGUCAGAUAUUAUGAUGGAGUUGAAGCUUUGGUUCCCAGGGAGAGAGCUUAUUGGAUUUCAGCUGAGAAAUUUGAACGAGAUGUAGCCUAUAUUUUGGAAUGUGAGGCUCGUUGGGUUGGUGAGGCUGUCAUUGCAAGAGAUGAUGAAACUGGAACAUACCAUUUAGCUGAGGUCCAAGAAAGAGUUGGUGAUGGAAAACAGUAUUUGAUUCGCUGGGCAGAUGGCAAAAUGGCAGUACAAAAUGCCUCUUUUAUCUUUGGAAAAUUCACUCGCCCUCAUCUUCUACAUGUGAAUGACUUUGUACUCACACUUGCAAAUCCAACUUCUCUGACUUAUCUGCCUGGCAUUAUCUGUGCCUGUGAUGAUGAAAAGCUGGUUGUCAAGCUCUGCAACAGUAAAAGGUAA